AUGCGUAAGUUGUGUCAUCUCAGUGUCGAGUCCGUCGAGCUGUUUGUCCAGCACGGCAUCAUCUCCACUGUGGCUCAGGCGCUGCUGAGCUUCCCCGAGGACGCCAUCCUGCAGGCGUCGGCAUGUGGAUGUCUUGCCGUGUUAACACAGAGCAGUGACGGCAGUAAGAACGAGAUGCUAGCGAUAAACGAGCCGAGCAUUCUCAAACUGGUGCUCGCGUCGCUGGAGAUCCAUCGCGAGUACUCGAAUCUCACGCGCCAAGUCCAGAUCUAUGCGUGUGAAGUUUUGACUGAAUUAUGUGACUACGGUGGGUCAUCGACGGUUGCUUCUCUGAUCACCCCUGAUCGUCAGCGAACGACCGAGUCUCCAAUCCAGCUAGCUGUGUCGCUCAUCCAACAGAGUAUGGCUCGCGAAGAUAAGAAAGUGACGUGUUCGUUCUGCAGUCUGUUACUGUGUCUUGCGUCAAAUAGUUCAGCCGCGGCCGCCGAUUUACGUGAGUAUGGAGCCAUCGCAGAUAUCUCACUGGUCAUGGCAAAGUACCCCGUCGACGAAGGAAUUAUCCGAUUUUCCACCGCCGCACUGCGAGAGAUCGCGGAAACCAGUUUGAGUCGCUCACCGUCCAAAAGUGUCCAUGAAAAGGCUCGUAUCAUCCUGGACGAGCACAUCAGUCGGAACCGCGACACAUCACCACGACCAACUAGCAGGAGAGGCGAGUCGGGGCAAAAGUCAACUGGUCGUCGUCGACCCAAGUCUCCUGCCAGCCGUCCCAGUACGUCCUCAGGAAUCCCAGGGCCGAGCAAUAUGCGUUCGUUUGGACAGAUGUCAAGUUCUCUUGGAGGCGCGCCGGGCCCGUCUUUCUUCACGUCUCCAGUGAAGCUACUGGACGACACUCGAAGCCUGACCCCGAAACCCUCACGACUGCCUCCUCCGCGCAGUCGAGAUGAACAUAUCCAGCGAGCAGGGGAGAUGAAGCGACGGAAAAACGGUAAUGAACACCGCGAUCGACUGCUCAUGAAAACCCGCUUUAGUCCGUUGAAGAACAACUACUUGGGGGCAGAUGCAGUGACCUUCGUCAUCCCUCCGCCACUUUCAACCAGCCACUCUCUGGAGCAACCGAUCGUAUCCAAGACACCGACUCGCCCACACUCCGCGCGUCUUACUCCACUAGUGAACGAGCGCGUAAAAAUCUCCCCUGCAAGUUCUGCGGAGUGGGGAAGCGGAGAUGAUGCGUGGCCUAUGGAAUCUAGUAUGAGCACUGGCAACCUGCGUCCACAGACUGCUGUUGUCGUGACAAAACUGACCGAUCCUAUCAACCAACAAGGACGCAGGAUACAGGACCCGGGAAAAAGAAAACCGGAACGACAUUCGCCUCGAACUGGGCCUCCUGCAGGAACUACAUGUAGUAGCUCUUCCGACCUGACAGAGAUGGAUCAAUCGAUGGCCGAAUUGCGCGAGUUUGCGCAACAGCUACUCAAGGAAGAAGCUCGGAUAUCGUCGUUGCUCGCCCAGACUGCAUCCAAGUCUCCCGGACUCAACCGCAUGAUCCUCGAUGUAUGA